AUGACCGACUAUGCGCCACGAAGCAGUCAGGAUUACAAUACCUUCUUUCAAAGUCCGCACCUCGCCAUGUCGCAUUAUCCCAAUGGAACCGGUCUCAGCUACCUAUACAGCAAUGGUCAAGUUCCGUAUCAGACCGUCCACACGCCAUGUUCAGCAUACUCACCAACUUACGCCCCGAGUCCAGGAACAUCGGCAGCUCCCCUCUAUUUGCCUCCCACCUCUGGACCACAGCUCCAUUAUUCAUUUGUAGGCCCACGGGUCCCUACACUUCCUUCUCAAUCUCGUGCUUUCCCACCGAGCUCCUAUUACGCCCCGUCCUCCGCGAAUCGCACGACUUCACAUCAUCAACGGCUGGCUCCUCCGCGAGACUACCCCUCAAUGGAUGGCACAGAGUGUCAGGACUCCCCGAACGAGGACACGAUGCUCUCAGAACCCGUGCUGCCCCCACUAGAGGGGUAUCCGGAUGUACACGACUUUGAUGAGCUGAUGAAACGUUACGUCCAGGACCUCUCACCUAAGAAGCAGGACAAAGCUCUUAUUCAUGCGCGUCGAGCUGCCAAUAUCAAACAUGUACUCAUCGACAAGAAAACGACUGCCAUAGAGUCCGCGCAGUUCAGGUUUUGGGUGAAGAAGAUGUUUACAUUGCAACCUAACGACAGCAAGAUUCCCGAGCAUCUAAGAAAGAUUUGCCAUGAAGGAAAACCAGUGGCGGUGCGAGAAAAGUUGUUCAAGAUCUUGACCAAAGCACACAAACAAUGCCAGCACGGUGGCAGGGACAAAACCUCCGCCCAGGUCAGGAAAGUGUACUCAUGGGUACCCAAAGAGCUCAUCUCGAGAUUCGUCAAGUUGUGUCCCACGUGUCAAGUCAGACGGGGGGCGAGUCGUAACUCGCCUCCUGAUUCAGUGAAAAGCCCCGAGACGAAUGCGGAAGCACACUCACCCGACGCAUUAACAAUAGCCGGAUCAAGAAAGGGCUCUACAGCAACUAGGCAGGGGAAUGUAAAUCCAUGCUUGCCCUUGCAGACAGCGGGUUUCAAAACGAGCUCAGCUUUUCAACAUCAGAACCGCUGGAUGACGCCGUUGCAGCCUCACUCAGAGACCAACCACGUCUCUCCUGCGCUGAAGCAUGGCCCUCUCGAUCAUGGAGACUCGUACAAUACCGGUCCGCCCUUGUCAUUGAAUGGUACCCAUGCUACGCCACCUGGUCUGAACUUUCCGUCUGUUAAUAACUUCGGAACUGUCACAGCAAAUUCACCUGCAUAUAAUUCAUCUUCACUGUCUCAAUCUGUGCAUGGAAAUGUACCAACAGAACAAGCAUAUGGAAUCAAGAUUGAACGUUUUGCUUGACCACACGACUGUGGGGCGCCUAAUAUUCUGACUCAGAAGCUGGCAUGGCUUUGUUGUUCACAAUACGAAAAGAUCGAGGCUGAGCACAAGGCGUUUGGUUUCGCAUAAAGAUACGACAUGAUGACCCCUCUCACGGAUUUACUUGUGGCAGGCAUUGCCUGGGACUGAAGACCAUCUUUAGCUGCCGCAGGGUUGAAGACACCCAUUUUCUUAGGCAUGGUUGGCGCAAAAUUG